UACCAUCAUGAAGGAUGAUGGGUUAAUUUGCCAAUCAAAUUGCAUCGGACAUCUCAACUUGGCAGGAACGAGUAAUUACAUAGAUGCGUCUGGUUCAAUUUUUUGAAGAAAUUUCACUUAAAACACGACCUUCCAAGAACAAGAAUAAAACUGUUUCGAUAAUUUUCCGCUACUGUACAUGAACUUUCUCCCUUUUUGGGAGAGGGAUUGUGUGUUGAUCCGUCGUUGUUAUCCCAGACGUGGUUCAUUAUAUGCUUGCAAUGACAACACUACAGUAAGGAACUGGAGUGGAUAUUUUAACUGAAGGAACAUCGGCGAAUCCGGGUUUAUACAUUGCGAGCGAUGGCAAGGAAAUAGGAAGAAUACGAUAAAUUCUCAGGUGCCGUGGCCCUUGCCGUGACCCAGAAUGCCGUUGGUGAAGAGGAACAUCGAGCCCAGGCACUUGUGUCACACGGUGCUUCCCCGGGGGAUAAAGAAUGAGCUGGAGUGUGUGACCAACGUGUCACUCGCCAACGUCAUCCGUCAGCUGAGCAGCCUGAGUAAGUAUGCGGAGGACCUGUUUGGGGAGCUGUUCAACGAGGCGCACACCUUCUCCUUCAGAGUCAACUCCCUGCAGGAGCGCGUGGACCGCCUGUCCAUCAGCGUCACGCAGCUGGACCCCAAAGAGGAGGAGCUGUCCCUGCAGGACAUCACCAUGAGGAAGGCGUUCCGCAGCUCCACCAUCCAGGACCAGCAGCUGUUCGACCGCCGGACUCUGCCCAUCCCGCUGCAGGAGACCUUCGACCUGUGUGAACAGCCCCCGCCCCUCAACAUCCUCACGCCCUACAGGGAUGACGGUAAGGAAGGACUGAAGUUCUACACUAACCCGUCGUACUUCUUCGACCUCUGGCGAGAGAAGAUGCUGCAGGACACCGAGGACAAGAGGAAAGAGAAAAGGAAGCAGAAGAUGAAGAACAUCGACCGCCCCCCGGAGCCAGAGAAGGUUCCGCGGGCGCCGCACGAUCGCCGCAAGGAGUGGCAGAAGCUGGCGCUGGGGGCGGAGCUAGCCGAGGACGACGGCGACGAGCCGCACAAGCACAAAGACGCAGCCAAUCACGACCCCAGGCAGCCCGUGUUCGUGGACAUGGACGGGCCGUUCUCAUUGGCUGCGCUGCCCUUCAGUCAGAUGAACGAGCUGCUGAACAGGACGGGGGACCGGAUGUACGUGCGGCCCCAGGAGCCCCCUCCGCCGCCCCCCAUGCAUUCUGUGGGAGACAUCAAAGCCCCUUCCAUCAUCAGCUCCAGUUCGGGCUUCACCGACAGCCGUCCCCAAUCCCCGGCCAGGACCCCCGUGUUCCUCAACCCCAACGCCCCGCCCCCUCCCCCGCCCCCCCCUGCCUCCGCCCCCGCCCCCCUGCCCUGCUCCAUGCCCGGGUCGGGCAUGCGGGGCACCCCGCCCCCCCCGAUACCCCCCCUCCCCAACCAGCCCCCGGCCAUCCCCCCGCCCCCCGCCCCCCUCCAAAUCGCCCCCGGGGUGCUGCACCCCGCCCCGCCCCCCAUCGCCCCGCCCCUGCACCCCGCCUCCCCCGCUCGCCUCGCCCAGUCCCAGACGGACGGGCUGAUCCUGCCCCCGCCCCCGCCGCCUCCCCCCCUGCCCCUGCCGGGCACCCGCACCUCCUCCCCUGCCCCACGCCACCCCCCCCCGGGGCCGCCCCCCGUGCCCUCCUUCCCGUCGGGGUCCGUCUCCUCCCCCCACGGGCACGAAGCCAAGCGGCACCCCUCCAACCUGCCCGUCAUCAGCGACGCGAGGAGCGUGCUCCUGGAGGCCAUUCGCAAGGGGAUCCAGCUGCGGAAGGUGGAGGAGCAGCGGGAGCAGGAGGCCAAGCACGAGCGCGUGGGAAACGACGUGGCCACCAUCUUAUCGCGCCGCAUCGCCGUGGAGUACAGCGACUCGGAGGACGAGUCCGAGUUCGACGAGGUGGACUGGAUGGAGUGACGCCUCCUCCGCUUCCUCCUCUCCUCCUCCUCUCAUCCGUUCUUCCCCUCUUCCCCUACCCCUCCUCCCCUCCUCCCCCACGUGCUGUCCUCAUUCGUGGUACUUGUUUUUUUCGGAGGGGGGAGGGGGGAGGGCCGGUGCGCUCCGGGUUACGGUCAUUUUCCGAGUGUUUUGCAGAUGUUUUGUACUCAUUUUCUACACUACAUCGUUUUUUUUUUGUUUUUGUUUUUUUUUUCACUUAUAUAUUCUCCUCUUGUACAGUUGAAAAUAAAAUAACCAAAUUUCUUUACCCCCCCCCCCCCCCAGCCCGCCCCAAUUACCUUUAAGAGGAGAGCUGUGGAGAGAGAAAUAAGCCCUCUUUUUAUAUUGCUGUCGUAUCAUUUAGAAAGCGGUAUGAAGUUUUUGUUUCUUUUACAAGCUCGCCAUCUACUGGUCGGAAAUGGAAGUGUGAACAGAUACCUUAGUAAUCUUUUUUUCUUUUUAUUUAUUUUUUUAAACACUAGCAGUUUUUAAAAGGGCCAGUAAAUUCUGGUGCGAACCAAAUUGAGAAUAGAAUGUUUGAAAGUGUGGCGGCUCCGUCGGGACUCUGGUUUUACUCCUUUUAUCUCAGUCCUGGGGGGUGAGUUUUACUGGACGCAAAACACCAGAGAAGGAACAUCGAGACCGGAUGUAAACUUACCAAGCAAUCCGUAACAUAUCUGUCAACAGUCUGUGAACCAAACCGACCGUUUGUAGGAUCCGGGCUGGCUCGUACAACCCACAACACGCGCGGAACGGGCGCGCGGGUGUGUUCGAUGAAGCGAGUUGCUUUGUAUUUUAGUGUUUUUGUACGGGAUUUGUACUUGGGUACGUGUUCAACAAGCCACUACAGUCGACUGCGAGCAGCUAACACGUGACACUCAACCGGUGCUCACUGUUGUACGCACACUGACUCCGGGGAAAGGGGGGGGGGGGGGUAAAGGAAACUAAAAAUUAAAAAACGGGAACGAAUGAAACUCUGGAACAUAUGGCAGCUGUGAACAUCGCCUCUACGCCGAGUCUGUGGAAGAAUGUGUGGCGCCACCCUGUGGUUGGAAAACGCCACUGCAGUUCAGUGGAAGAAGGAUGGUCCGACUUUUAAACCGGCCUGUACUCUCGAAAAAAAAUGAAGUUGUCAUUAUUUUUCUUCUACUAUUAUGCCUUAUUGUUUGUACCAUACAUGUUAAGUUCAUGAAUGUAUUGUGCUGUACUACUUGCCCGUGCAUUAAAGUUUAGCUGUUUCUAUGUGAGAAGACCUGGGUUAAAAUACGGUAUACUGUGUAACUUAUGUAACUGUUUACUGUAACAGUUUGCUUGAAUUAAUAAAAGCUAACGUUAUGUUUAACGA